AUGGAUCUUGGACUCGGCCUUGAAGGGACCAUCGUUGUGGUGACCGGGGCAGCCGGUCAAAUCGGCCAAGUCAUCGUUGAAGCGUUCUUGAGCGCUGGCUGCUUCGUCGGCGCGCUCGACAUCGAUCAUCGGAAGUUUGAAAGGGAGCACAAGAAUCUCUUGUGGCUUCAGUGCGAUACAACAGAAGAGAAGUCAGUUUUUGACGCCUGGGCAUCAGUCUGUUCACGAUUUGGGGCUUGGCCCGCGGUGUGUGUCUGUGCCGCCGCUCUUGACCUGAGUUUCGUCAAACAUCACGCAUCCAUCACGCAGAUGUCUGCUGAACAGUUCAGGAAGACCCUUGAUGUCAACGUGACUGGCACGUUUAUUUCUGCAAAAACCUGGCUUAGCCAUAUUUCACGAAUAGAUGGCUUGAGCCUCUUCAACUCGGACAGCGAGAAGAACUUCUCGCUCAUAAUUAUCGGUUCGGAGGCCGGUAUCAUGGGCGUGCCAGGCAAUCCGGACUACGCCGCCAGCAAGUCAGCCGUUCAAUAUGGCCUUAUGUUAUCUCUAGCUCCCGACGCCGUGAGAAUCAACCCCAAAGCGAGAGUGAAUGCGAUUUGCCCGGGCGCUGUUGACACGCCUAUGUUUCGCAGCGAAUGUGCGGACGACAAGACAGGGUCUACUAAGUGGAUUGAGUCGGAGGCAACGGUGGCUUCGAAGAGGCCCGUAGAUGCCGAAGACGUUGCCAGACAGUGUCUGAUUCUCGCAAGUCACAGAUGGUCAGCGUCCACAAACGGUCAAAUGAUUAGGCUGGAUGGAGGGAAAAGUGGACUAGCAAUGGGCUUCGGCUGCGGAUUUGAUAUCUAUCCUCGAUUAGAAGCCACUGAUAGCAAUAUCGAGAGGUACGGAUUUCUCAUACGCAGUAUCAUUCUCAAAUACGAAAACGUCUACGACGACGACAGUAGCCACCCAGAAGGGAGUGUCCUGGACAUAGCGACGGAGUCUGGUUCCCACUUUGGUACCAAUUACAACUUGAGCUUCCUCGUCGGCGAAAUACCCCGCAUGCCAGUUGACGCAGAUCGAUGCAACUAUUUCCUUCGUUUCAGCUCCAAGGUGAGCGGGUGCCUCACAGCUCCAGCUGAGCCUUACAUUCUGGAGGUCUGCAAGAUGGCGAAGUAUUGGUUUCCGGACAGGGUUCAUUUCUGGCACGAACUGGCUGAGGGGGUCCCGCGGGAGAAGUCGGAUGGGUACUACAGCUGGGACGAGGUCAACAAGGCGGAGGAAGAGUUGCGACAAUUGACCAAUGACGAGCUUUCUUAG